UACUCUUAGCUUCUAGUACAAACUUUCAGCCUUCAAGUUCAUCCUCAACUUGUUAGUUUGAGCAGCUAGGUUUCAUGGCGGAGGUGCGAACAUGGCAGCGACAGUCACCCUCUCUGACGCUGCGAAGCUCAGUCUCAUAGUGGCGUCGAGCGCUGGCAAUGGCAACGGCGAGUGAACAGUGACGGAGUUUGAAGGUUUUUUCCCUUAUACGCGAUUGGGCUUCGUUUAUGGGCCGAACGGUUUUAGGCAUUGCUGGCAUGCUUUGCCACGUUCCAACUUCGUGCGAUUGGAUGAGGCAUCGACGGGCGCUAGGCAUCGACGUCCCUCUGCAGUAGUCGCUGCUACGUUAGAGGAUCUCGUUCCUUCACUUUCCCCGUUUCGACCCACUGUUCCCGCGCGUUCUGCUCGCAUCGCCUUCUUCCGCCCCGAUCUGCUUGCUUUCACGAUGACCUUCGCCGUCGAUCAUGCGUAUGGCUGAGAUCUAGGUUGCCCUCUGUUUUCUUGACGUGGUAUUGAUUCUUGAGUCUACCAGGUCCAGAAUAUCAUCUUGGCUCGAUCCUGCCCUGUACUGUGCUUAGUGCUCCUAUCAAGGAUUUGUAGUCCAGUGAUUUUGCUAUGACCUCCCUCACGCCUAUGUUCUACCGUAUACGCUAUGGAUAGCCCUCCUGUUGUUUCUCGCCGCCGCAGGGCCGCUGCUGGGGUGGCUCUUGUGCCUCUUCCUGGUGCCUCUCGUCGUAAGAAUCCUACGGAUAGCCCUCCUGUUGUCCGUCGCCCCCGCAGGGUGGCUGCUGGGGUGCCUCUUGUGUCUCUUCCUCGUCCCUCUCGCCGUAAAAAUCUUAUCUCGUCGGCGUUUGUUGGAUAUAUUGCUUCAGGCCUUCCCAAGAGAAAAUACGAUGGUUUCUUCCCUGUUCUUACCUCUGAGGUUACUGCUGCGAAUCGAAAGAAACGCAAGCUCAUACACGAUAGAUGGUUUGGUGGUCGUGUGCCAGGUGCUUAUUUAGUUCCUUUACUCUUUACUUCCUUAGACUUGUCUUAUGUUUAUGACGCCGUGUGAGCUUUUGGAUUGCUGUAUUUCGUACAGAUGCACCGUUUACUUCUCCCUUAGAUCCUUUGUAGGUUGGUUUCACAGAUGAGGAGGUUGCUAUUUUUAAAGGUAAUACAUGCGAUAUCUUGUUUGCGCUGCCUCUGUCUUACCAGAGUCUAUUGUCGUAUGAUUUGAUCUAAGGACAUACUUGUUCCAUAGCUGGUUAUGUAGGCAGGUCUUUCUAUGGAGGCCCAGCAUAUAAGUGUUCCCGUUGUAAGUCGAGCUUCUGGUAUCAGGAGAGGGCGAAGUCUGAAUCUGCAGUAAGCAAAAGGCGGGUUGUCUACAACCUCUGCUGCAAGGGUGGGAAAGUCUUUGUUGAGCCUUUCAAAAAACCGCCUCCAUUUCUUGUUGACCUUCUAAAAUUUGAUGGACCCCCACAGAGCAAGGAAUUCAUUGAAAAAAUACGACAAUAUAACUGUUUGUUUGCUUUUACUUCCAUGGGGGCGAAAAUAGAUCGUUCAGUAAAUAAUGGUGGUGGUCCAAACAUUUUUAAAAUCUCCGGCGGUAUAUGUCAUCGGAUGGGAUCUCUUUUGCCACAGGAAGGGAAUGCUCCAAAAUUUGCAGAGCUGUAUGUGUUUCAUGGUGGAAAUGAGAUUGAUAAUCGAAUUCAGGCUUUAAACAAGGAAGAUAGAAUUCUGGGUGGGUUAGAUAAGGAUAUUGUUAAUGGUCUGAAGCUCAUGCUUGAUGAGCACAAUUCUCUUGUAAAAAAAUUCCGCAUCGCUAAGGAGAUCUUGGCUGAGAAUGAAUUUGCUGAAAUUUCUAUUCGUAUAGUUGCUCCUGGCAAAGAUGAUGGCCCUCAGUUUAAUCUUCCUUCCACGGAUGAGCUUGCAUGCUUAGUUGUUGGUGAAUUAACAUUGGAAACUCCUAGCCGUGAUAUAAUAAUACAUGGUAGGGGAACACAUUUGCAGCGAAUUUCGUCUUUACAUCCUGCUUAUAUGGCUUUACAAUACCCUCUACUCUUUCCGUUCGGUGAGCGUGGAUUUCAGCUUGGUGUGAAAUACAUAGCGGUAGAUCACGAAGGUUCCAACAAAAGAGAGAAAAUGACCAUGCAGGAUUUUUAUUGUUUUUGUUCACACUAUAAAGAAGGCCAGCAUAACCCUUGUUUGUCUUGUGGUCUGUUGUCUGAUCAGGCAGUUGUAGAUUCUCGUGUAUGCACAGAUGAGUCCAGGCUACAUUUUAUUUUGCUAUGCAACGAUGAUCUGAGAGCUGAGAAUUUACAAGGGCUUGUAGAUGCGGUUGGAGUGGGCCGCAUAGAUGGAAGUUCAGUUGGUAAAAAAAAAAUAUUGCCCUCUUCUUUUACUGGUGGACGCCGUUAUAUGAUCGAAAAUUUUCAGGAUGCGGUGGUUAUCGCCUGUGUGCAUGGUUGUCCUGAUCUUUUUACUACUUUCACAUGUAAUCCUAAGUGGCCUGAGAUAACGGAAGCUCUUUCUGUUGAACCUGGCCAGAGACCACACAAUAGGGCUGAUAUUACUGUUAGGGUGUACCACAUGAAACUUAAUGAGUACCUUCGUGAUAUUAGAUCUGGCAAGGCGUACGGCAAAGUGGUCACAGGUAAUGCAACCUGUUGCUUACUUUCUCUGUGGAGAUUUUUUUUUUGUUUAACUUGACUACCUUCUCCCAGUUUUGCACACUGUGGAAUUUCAGAAAAGGGGCUUACCGCACGCGCAUAUACUUACUUGGCAAGACAAAGAGAAGCGGGGUGAGGUUAGCCCUGCUUUGAUUGAUUCGUUCGUGUGUGCACAAAUUCCUGAUCCCGUGGCAGAUCCUCUUGGAUAUGCCCUCGUUGCUGAGUUCAUGAUGCAUGGGCCAUGUGGGGAGGAUCACCCUAAAUGUCCUUGUAUGAAAGAUGGCCUGUGUUCGAAAAAAUUCCCUAAAACAUUUCAGGAAGAAACAUCGAUUGAUGAAGUAGGCUUUCCUGUCUACAGGCGUCCAAAUAAUGGCCGUUUUAUCAUGAAAAACAAGAUUAGGCUUGAUAAUAGGCACGUUGUGCCUUAUAACAUGGCAAUGCUGAAGAAAUAUCAAGCUCAUUUAAAUGUUGAGUGGUGUAACAAAACACAUGUCUUAAAAUAUCUGUAUAAGUAUGUUACCAAGGGCCCUGACAUGUCAAAAACUCUGUUUAAUAGGAUAAAAAAUUCUGAGGAUCCAAAUGAUAAUGGGGUGGAUGAAAUUGAAGAGUAUAGAGCGUGUUGAUACGUAUGUGCCCAUGAUUCAUUUUGGAGGUGUUAUGGGUAUGACAUACACAGUAAAGAACCUUCUGUAGAAAGACUUGCUGUUCAUUUACCAAAUAAACAUAUUGUGCGAUUUCGUGCAAGGGCCAACCUUAAGGCUAUUGUUAACAAUUCUUUGCUGCACAAGACCAUGUUAACAGAAUGGUUUGUUGCUAAUGCUAGAUACGAAAGUGCCAGGUCUUUAACAUACUGUGAUUUUCCCACAAAAUGGUCUUGGAAUGCACAGAGUAAGGUAUGGAUGAAAAGAAAACUUGGCAAAAGAAUUGGUAGGAUUUACUAUGUGCAUCCUUCUGUUGGUGAACUUUAUUAUCUUAGAAUGCUGCUAAUGAUUGUAAAAGGCGCAAAGUCUUAUGCUGAUGUUAGGAGUUACAGUGGCGUUGUCUAUGGGACAUUCAAAGAUGCAUGUGCUGCUAGGGGGUUACUUGGUGAUGAUAACGAGUGGUUCUGUGCAUUUGAUGAUGCUUUGAAAUGGGGUAUGGGAAACCAGUUGCGUCAGCUAUUUGUGACCAUAAUUCUUUUCUGUGGAGUCAUCGAUGAAAAGGGUUUUUUCGAAAAAUAUUGGAGUGAUCUAGCUGAAGACAUCCAGUAUAGGAUGCGUCGUGAUCGUCAUGAUCCUUCAUAUUGUGUUCCUGAUGAUGAGCUAAAAAACUUGCUUUUAGAUGAGUUGUCUAUUGUUUUUUCUAGGAAUGUUUGUAAUAUUUUGGAUCACAAUUUGCCUCUAAAAUCUGUGUAAGAUGGUAGCUCGCGGGACGCCAAUAUGAUUAGCGAUGAACUUUGUCAAGAUUUUGAAGCGCUCAUUGAAAGUGCUGAAGCUAUGCAGAAAAAACUUAACGUAGACCAAAAAAAGGCUUUUACAUCUAUAAUUGAUCGAGUGAGGGAGGAUAAACCUGGUUUAUUUUUUGUUUCGGGCCAUGGUGGUACUGGAAAAACUUUUCUUUGGAAUGCUCUUGUUGCUUAUCUUCGAGGAUACAAAAGGGUUGUUUUGACUGUUGCAUCUUCAGGUGUUGCAUCGCUGCUGCUCCCUGGAGGGUAGAACGGCGCACUCUAGAUUUAAAAUUCCUAUUGACCUUGAUGAGAACAGGCUAUGUGACAUUCGGAGGUCUACUAUGUUAUCGUCUUUGAUCGAGUCAGCGUCUCUUAUUAUUUGGGAUGAAGCUUUGAUGACACAUAGGAAAUGUUUUGAGGCGCUAGAUCGGAGCUUGCGUGAUGUUUUAUCUGACCGUGAUCCGUCGCUGGCCAAUGUUCCGUUUGGUGGUAAGAUAGUUGUCUUGGGUGGGUGACCUUAGGCAGAUUUUGCCUGUUAUUGAGGGUGGAACCCGAUCUCAGGUUGUCAAUGCUGCUGUUACAAAUUCUCCUCUGUGGCAUCAUGUCACGGUUCUUCACCUUACUAUUAACAUGCGGCUAGCUGUCCAGACUGAGGAUCCUGAUGUGCAGGCUGAGGCGGGAGCCUUUGGUCGGUGGGUUCUGAGCAUUGGUAAUGGCACCAUCCCUGCCAUGGCGCGGCAGGGGGAAUCUGACCCUACCUGGAUAAGCAUUCCCAGCGAACAUUUGGUGCAUACCGAUGGCCCAAAAAUUCCAGCUAUUGUUGAUGUUGUUUAUGUAGAUUUCUUGCAGCGCUACUCUGAUCCUAACUACUUGAAAGAAAGAGCUAUUUUAACACCGACAAAUGAUCUAGCUAUGGACAUCAAUGAUCAUGUUCUUUCUUUGGUGCCUGGCGAGGAGAGGGAAUAUUUAAGCUGUGACUCGACGGGAAAUUCAGCAGAUGAAGCUCGUAACAUAGAUGUUUUUUAUCCUACUGAAGUUCUAAAUACCAUCAAAGUAAAUAACUUUCCUUACCAUAAAUUGGUUCUUAAAAAAGGUGUUCCAAUCAUGCUCCUUAGGAACAUAAGCCAGGCGGCUGGUUUAUGCAAUGGUACACGACUUAUUGUUACUAGACUUGCUGAGAAACUCAUUGAGGCAGUUGUAAUGACUGGUUCCAAUAUCGGAGAUAUAGUUUAUAUACCGAGGAUAUGCUUGACUGUUAGAGAUCCUAAAUGGCCUUUUACUUUGCACCGCCGGCAGUUUCCUAUUAGAAUUUCAUAUGCCAUGACUGUUAACAAAAGCCAGGGACAAACUCUUGCAGCUGUUGGUCUGUAUCUGAAGACUCCUGUCUUCACCCAUGGCCAGUUCUAUGUUGCGGUGUCGCGUGUGACCUCUAAAAAAGCACUCCGGAUAUUGAUUGAGAACGAAGAUGGUACCUGCGGUUCCGAGACUAGAAAUAUCGUGUUCUCUGAGAUUUUCGAAUCUCUUGCAAAUAAGUAAUAAUAGCACCUAUUGUAAUUACCUACCUAUGUUUACUACAUACUUUUCUGUGCUGCAGACUUUUGAACUAUGUCUUUUGGACAGUUUGUGUGCUCCUCUUGAAAAUAAGUAAUGUUAGCACCAGUUUACUAUAUGUUUUUUGGUUUGCUGGCUUUUGAGCUAUGUCUUUUGAACGGUUACUUUUGGGUGCAUAGUGUUGGCUCACUAUACGCUUCUGUUUCUCUUGCGCUUGUUUAUUGAGCGUAACGUUCUCAUUUCCUCCCAGGUAUAGAGCUAUGUUCUUGCGUAUAAAUUGUCUUUACCUCUAUCUACUUUUUCUUGUCUUCAGUUUGGCUGCCCGGUGCAUUAUCCUUGCCAUUUUAAUCGUCCUUGUCAUGUUUUCCGCAGAUGGCAUGUUCCAAGCUUUCUGAGAUUCACAGUGAUAGUAAUCAUGUCUCCACUUAUUUCUUAAUCUUGCCUUU